AGACAGGAUUUUGCCAGCCGAUGGCUCCGAGGACUAAGGUCGUUCGUUCCUCGCAAAACAUUCUCUCAAGAUUAUGAUCAGUGCAACCCGCGGGGCGCGUCAGACGGGCGACGAGCGGUGCAACGGUCUCGACACUUCUCCGCGUCUCCAACAUAGGCCGCGGCUCGCUCAGCUGCCGUCUCUUCUGCUGGGAUGACAAGAUGGCAGCGACGGACGAAAAGUCUGUGCUCGAGGCCCUCAUGCUAAAGCGUUCUCAGAGUGCCACCCGCCUCAAGUCCGUCAGCUACAAGCCCCGGUGGUUUGUGCUCACCAAGGCUUCUCUGCGAUACCACGACGGCAACUCGGAUGGUAAAGAAAAGGGUCGUCUUGAUCUGCGCACUGUUAGGUUGGUUGAACACAUCGAGGACGGCUCACUCGAGAGGGACAAGGCAUUUCAGAUCGGCUACAAGGAUCGGCUGAUGUAUAUAGUGGCGUCUUCCGAAGUGCAGAGAGAGGAGUGGAUCGGUGCCCUCAGGAAAUUGUGCGUAAACAACGAGCAGUUGGCAGACAAGUUCCACUCCGGGGCAUGGUCGGGGGGCCGCUGGGGCUGCUGCGGCAGGGGUCCCCGCCUGGCCCCCGGCUGUAGGAGCACCUGGGUCACUAGCCCUCUCAGCUCGGAGUCCUCCCUUCCACGUGGUUCUAUUUCGUGUGAGCCAGUUCCCACAAGGACAAAGGAGGUUCCAUUAGUGACCACCCCUGCUCGAGUGGUGACCGCGCUUUACUCAUUCCAAGCCAUCGAGAAGGGAGACCUGUCCUUGGAAGCCGGUCGGGAGUAUGUGGUCUUGGACGAUUCCGGAGAGCACUGGUGGCAAGUCAGGGAUGGAAGCGGGGCCGUUGGCUUCAUCCCGAGCAACUACGUGGAGCAGAAAGCGGGCCUCUGGCAACACGAGUGGUACGCGGGCGACAUGUCCCGGCAGCGAGCCGAACAGGUGCUUCGCCAGGAGACCAAGGAGGGAGCCUUCGUGGUCCGAAACUCCUCCACCCAAGGUUUCUUCACCUUGUCUCUGCUGGCCAACAGUCCGACGGGCGUGUUCCAAGUGAAGCACUAUCACAUCAAGAGCCGGAGCCCCGGCCAGCUGUACCUGUCCGAGCGCCGAACAUUUGCCACGUUGGAGGAGCUCGUGCGGUACCACCGCCACGACAGCGGCGGCCUCGCCACUAGGCUUCGUCACUGGCCCACUCGUUUGCGGAGGACCGCACCGACCGCGGGGCUCGGGCACGACAAGUGGGAGAUUGAUCCUUCUGAGCUUGCACUUCUGGAAGAACUGGGCAGUGGACAGUUUGGGGUGGUGCGGAGGGGCAAGUGGCGUGGAUGUCGCGACGUUGCUGUCAAGAUGAUGAAGGAAGGUACCAUGUCCGAGGAUGAUUUCAUCGAAGAAGCCAAGCUCAUGACCAAGCUACAGCAUCCCAACUUGGUGCAGCUGUACGGUGUAUGUAGCAAGCACAGGCCCAUCUUCAUUGUGGCCGAGUACAUGAAGCAUGGCUCACUGCUGCACUUCCUGCGUCGCCACGAGAAGGCGCUGAGCGAGCGGGGCCCACUGCUGCUGCUGGACGUCUGCCUGCAGGUGGCGAGCGGCAUGGCCUACCUGGAGCUGCACAACUACAUCCACAGGGACCUGGCCGCUCGCAACUGCCUCGUGGGGGAGAACUAUGUGGUCAAGGUGGCCGACUUUGGCCUGGCCAGGUAUGUCAUGGACGACGAAUACACCAGCUCGGGAGGGGCCAAGUUCCCCAUCAAGUGGGCCCCGCCCGAGGUGCUCGGCUACACACGUUUCAGCAGCAAAUCAGACGUCUGGGCAUACGGGGUGCUGAUGUGGGAAGUGUUCACAUGCGGGAAGAUCCCCUAUGGGCGUGCAGCCAACGCAGAGGUGGUGGAGCAAGUGCAGCAGGGGCAGCGGCUGGCCAGGCCCCAUGCAUGCCCCUCCGAAGUGUACCAAGUGAUGCGGUCCUGCUGGGAAAAGAAGCCGGAUGCGAGACCUUCCUUUCGCUCCGUCAAGACUCAGCUGGAGAAGAUUAUGGACAAGGACCAUUGACUGCCAGAACAAAGUUAAGACUCGACCCUGUUGCAAACUACUUCAAGUGGCUCUUAACGGAACUGGACACUGUGUUCUCAUGCGCCGCCGGAGCAAAACUGCCAGCUAAACAGAUAUUUUUGUUUGCAUAGCAUUCACAAACUAGGACCGAGUGGUUGUAUGCGUCUUCGUCUGCAUGUGUACGGUAAGCGUAGCGUCGGCUAAAGCCAAUCUCGUUUUUUUUUUUUAGCUGUCUAUCCAAGUCAUUGCCAGAAACCUGUGAUUGAAGAGUUAGGUCUGCUCAGUUCCAUGACAUUUCUUGUGUUGUUGUUGCAGCUUUUGUUGCAUUUCUUAAAAAAAAUAUAGACCCUUUUGUGUGCCAUAAUUUUAAUUUUUUUUUCUUUUUUUAUUGAGCGGUUGUGUUGACACCGGCUCCCCCGGUGUCGUCUAUCACGGCGAAUUUUCGUAGAAGGGUUUUCAUUUUUUGUUUUUUUAUAUUUUCGUUAACAUUUGUUAAUGAGCGUUUUGCUUAAAAGGGGUUCGUUUAGCCAUGACAAAGUUUUAUAUUUUCAGGUGUUCCUUAAACGGAAUGCUUCGGCCCGCUUUUGGGAUGUACGCGGACGAAAGGCGGAAAUAAAAAGAAGCGGUUAUUCCGAGUACUUUGAAUGAUGUGCUUUGGGAGGUUCACCAUUUCAUCAUUUUCAAAUACUAUCGCAUUUUAGUGCAUCCCCUAAGAACCCAGAUCUGCCUAAAAUGGUGCACUGCAUCGCAAAAUUAGCUUCUUAAACGGACACCAAUGCCGCGAGACUAUUGCUGCACCGAUAAAAAUAUGUAAAAAAUGAAAUAAAAGAACUUUUGCAUCAUA